ACAGUAACAAAGUUAUUUAUCCAGAAGGAAUGCCAUCUAGAAUCCAAUUUGAAAAUGGAUUAAUCUUAUAUUUUCUUUUAAUAAUACGGCAUCUCAAAGUUAUGUGAUUGUGCCUUUGCGUUGACGAAAAACGAAGGGAUUUUACAAUAUUUCUUUCUACAGAUAAAAACCAAUAAUUUAUCAAAUAUUUGGAAAAAAUUAGUGCACGGAUUCUGUGAAAAUUUUUGCCCUUUCUGAAUAUAAAGUAGUGAAUGUGAAUAGUGCACAACCUUUGGAAAUGUUGCUAACCCAUGCAUAAGCAUAAGCUGUCUGUCUAUUGCUGGCGUCUCGAAGAGUAGUGGAAAAAAUAACAAAAAUUUCUUCAUUAAUAGUAUAAAAAAUAAAGACCUUGCAAAUAUAGCAAAAGCAGUGUCAACUCUUUUCAUAACUUGACUACAGUUUGUAGAAAUUAAAAAUAACUAAUUUAAUAUUAAACUUGUGUUGUGUGAAAGGAGCAGUUGAUAUUCCAUUACCUAAAACGAUUUAAAGGAUCAAAUUAUAUUUCCAUAUUUAAACUUUAAAGGCUUAUUAAGCUAUAUCGUGAAUUUUUCCUGUCAACGUAGCUGGAGGUGCUGCGAUUUUAAAUUUAAAAGAAUAUCCACUUUGGUUGACUGUGACUGGGUAAAUGUAAAAUUCUUUUCACGUUUUUUUUUUGUAAAACUUGCAUACUAAAUUAAUACAGAAUGAUAAUACAGGAGCCCGUGCAGGCCGCCAUUUGGCAUUGUCUGAACUUUUAUGACUUCAAAGAUGCCGUUUUUCUAUCUGAACGCCUUUGUUGUGAAGUUGAAACGGACGAAACAAUAUUUCUUCUUGCUACAAGUUACUACAGAUCGAAUCUGAUACAUCAAGCGUAUUGGCUACUUAAAGAAAAAGCCCGCCGUUCACCGCAUUGCCGAUUUUUGCAAGCGAAAUGUGCUUAUCAGCUUAAAAAAUACGCCGAAUCUGAAUGUGUGCUGGUCAAUGGUGGUUUCGGUGAUAUUAAAAAUCUAGAAGAUAUAGCGAAGGAAUUCGGAGAAAUCGCUUGCUUCGUACUGCAGUUAAUCGCACGAAUUUGUGUUAAAACAGAAAGAAGUAAAAUUGCUGGAGAAGCUCUCCGGCGAGCAUUAAAACUAAAUCCGUUUAUGUGGCAAACAUUUGCUGAUCUUUGUCAAAUGGGCGAAUAUGUUGAUCCUGCAGUUACCUUUCAAAUCUCCAAUACAGAUGUAUUUAAUACAUGUCAAGGUAGUGCAAACUCUAAUUCAAUAGUUUUAUGCGGUAACACAGGACAAAAUAUAAUGCUAAACGAUAGCAAUAGUCAGUAUUUAAGUAGCAUUGGUAAUAACCAUCUUUCUUCGGAUAUCCUAAUGAAUAGUAUAAAUAAUAGUUCAAAUUACAUACUUUGCACACCAGUUGAGCAACAAUUGCCAUCACACCCACAACCAAACGUCAUAACACUCCAGAAUCUUAUUACACCAAAUAAUAAUGUCAGUAAUUUGAAUAAUUCUAUGUCAAUGUUAAGAGGUGUCAACACAACAGGUGUAUCUGUUGGUAGUAAUUUACAAAACUCUGGCAUGACGAUGCUAGAAGACACCCCAGUUGGUUACACCACUGGAAAUACAGAAACCGGUUUGAAUGCUAUGCAAAAUAUGGAUGCUUUUGCUGGUACACCAUUUCGCAGACAAUUCAAAUAUCUUUCUGCAAUCUCACCAGCAACACCUAGUUUUGGUGUACUACCCAUACAUAGCCCAUCCUGUGGGGAUUCUUCAUUUGUUGGUAGUGGUAAUGCACAAACGAAUGUAAGUGUGCUAAAUACGCCUUCGCCACAAACAUUGAUGGAAGCCAAUCAAGAGCCCAAAAUAAUAGGAAAGAAAAUGAAAAGUCAUGUUGGUAGUCUAAUAAACAGAAAAGAAGGUGGACCGGCUUCAAAUAAACCCGCCGUUUUUACACAAACGGGCAAUGUUACACCACGUACACCUAACAAUCAAGUUGGUGUUUCAUCCGGUUCACUUAUUCCCAACGCAGCUGUGAGACGUAGCUCUCGUUUGUUUAGCAAUAGCGCCUACUCCGUAAAGGAAAACAAUAAAUCUCCGAAUAUUACAAGUAACAAGUUUGCACUGCCACGAUCUCCACCUCGAAAGACCAAGACACGUAUGCCAAAAAUUUCUUUGAAUAACGAACUAAUCGAAGAUAAAAGUGCUAAUAUAAAUGCAGAUAAAUUGAAUGAUAAGAACAUACGCAAAGAUAAAGAGAAGAUUGAGACAAUAACAUCAGCAACCGGUCACAAUCGCUCCAUUGAAGACACCAAAGUUUUAUUAAAUAAUAGUUUAAAUAAUGCACAAACAAUGGCACAUCAUGUGCUCAUUCUUAAAAAGCAGUCGGCAGAUGGCUUAAUGUCAUUGCUUAAAGAUUUGGGUGAAGGCUUUAAACUAUUAACACUUUAUCAAUGUAAGGCAGCCAUCAAACAUUUUGAAACCAAAAUACCAAAGCAUCACUUGUGUUCCAGUUGGGUGCAAUCUCUUAUUGGACUGGCACACUAUGAGCUGCGUGUAUAUGAAUCUGCUCUCUCAGUUUUCAAAGACAUACACGAAGCGGAACCACAUCGGUUAGAUUAUAUGGAAAUAUACUCAUCGUGCCUUUGGCAUUUGCAAAAAGAAAUAGAUCUAUCAGCACUGGCACAAGAUUUAAUAAAUCAAGAUAAGACUUCACCCGUUACAUGGUGCGUGGCUGGAAAUUGCUUUUCAUUGCAUAAAGAGCACGAGACUGCAAUUAAGUUCUUCAAACGCGCUGUUCAAGUGGAUCCCGAUUUCGUUUACAGCUACACACUACUGGGCCAUGAACUUGUAAUCACUGAAGAGUUAGAUAAGGCAGCUGAUUAUUUCCAUGCUGCAGUAGCACGAGAUCCACGACACUAUAAUGCAUGGUUUGGCAUGGGCAGUAUAUAUUCGAAACAAGAAAAAUUCGAAUUGGCCGAAUUGUAUUAUAUUAAAGCAUUGAAAAUUAAUCCACAAAAUUCCGUUAUCUUGGUACAUAUAGGUGCUGUGCAAUAUUUCAUGCAGAAGAAGGAGCAAGCGUUACAAACGUUAAACACGGCUGCAAUGCUAGACCCGAAAAAUCCAUUGGCACGUUUCCAUCGUGGAUCAAUUUACUUCUCAUUGGGAAAACAUCAUGAGGCUUUACGUGAACUUGAAGAAUUGAAAGAGGUGGUACCAAAAGAGUCAGUAGUAUUUUAUUUAAUGGGAAAGAUCCACAAAGCGUUGGGAAAUGUAGACUCGGCACUUAUGCACUUCAGCUGGGCUACGGACCUCGAUCCGAAGGGCGCAAACAAUCAGCAUAGAGACGCUUUCGAUUCAGCAGUGGUGCCGAUGUUUAGUCCCAGUAGAAACGAUCAGAGCGUCGACGCAGAUCAGGAGCCCACCUCGGAUCGUUCCGACGACUCUACACAAGCACAGCAAGACAUAAAUUAUGAUAGCGAUGCUUAUUAAGUUACUAGAGCGGAAUUGUGUUUUGUCAAUGCACUCUUCCUAGUGCAAAGCGUGUUUCAAAUGAAAUGU